CCAGUUCUCUUCUUGUCAGCUUAUUCUCUACUCAAUUUUCACCGGUUCUUCUUGUAAACAUCCUGAUUUAUAUUGUUCUUAUUGUUAUUCUCAUCUUAAUCUAUUAAUUACCCAACUGACCACCAAUUAUAUCACCUCAUUCGGUUACAUCACUAGUCCUUAGAUACAAUUUGACCAAUAAGUGUUUCCAAGAGAACCAAAAAUCCUCAGUCUUUGUUUUCUCUCUCCAAUGAUUUCUUGUGAUUCCUCUUCUUUCAUCCAAUGGUUUCUUAAAUCAAAAGAUAAUCUGUCAAUUCUUUUUCCAAUAUAAAAGACAUCCUUUCAUUGUGAUUUAUUGUUUCAUACAAUUUCCAUUGCCAGCUCAUCUGUUCUGUCUGUGUGUUCAUACUGUGUAUGUUUCUCUCUCCCUCGUUGUUGCCAAGCAUAAUUAAGACUAACCAGAAAACCUAAAAAUUAAUCAUGUUAUCCUUUAUGGUCAGACAAUCAAGUCAUCUCAUCAAAUCAUCAAAUGUUCACAGUUCAUCAAUCUAUUAUAAUUCAAUACGAAAAAUGUCAUUCGAAAAAAUCAAGUGUGGACCCAUCGUGGAAAUGAAAGGCGAUGAGAUGACCCGUAUCAUUUGGGAAUUAAUCAAGGAGAAACUAAUCUUUCCCUUCGUUGAACCUGAGCUUCAUGUUUACGAUCUUGGAAUCGAAGAGCGAGAUCGAACCGAUGAUCAAGUUACCAUUGAUUGUGCUGCUGCCAUGUUAAAGUAUAAUGUUGGUGUUAAAUGUGCCACAAUUACUCCCGAUGAGGCUCGAGUUGAAGAGUUUAAGCUUAAGAAAAUGUGGCUCUCACCAAAUGGUACAAUUCGUAACAUUUUAGGUGGAACCGUUUUCCGUGAACCAAUUAUCUGUAAAAAUGUUCCCCGACUUGUCCCUGGAUGGAUCAAGCCAAUUAUCAUUGGACGUCAUGCUUACGGUGACCAAUAUAAAGCAACCGAUUUCGUUGUACCGAGUUGUGGUAAAUUAGAGAUUAAAUUCACCCCCACCGAUGGCGGAGAAACCAUUGAGAGAACCAUUUUCGAGUUUAAAGAUGGCGGAGGAGUUUCUCUCUCAAUGUACAAUACUGAUAAAAGUAUUAAUGAUUUCGCUCGAUCCUCUUUCGUUUACGCUCUCCAACGUGGAAUGCCUUUGUACCUAAGUACUAAGAACACCAUUUUGAAACGUUACGACGGAAGAUUCAAAGAUAUUUUCCAAGAAAUUUACGAAAAAGAGUUCAGAAGUCAAUAUGAAGCUGCAGGUAUCUGGUAUGAACAUCGUUUGAUUGACGAUAUGGUUGCGCAAGCAAUGAAAUCGGAUGGUGGAUUUGUUUGGGCUUGUAAAAACUACGAUGGAGAUGUUCAAUCUGAUUCAGUCGCUCAAGGCUAUGGAUCCCUUGGUAUGAUGACCUCAGUCCUUAUCUGUCCCGAUGGUAAGACCGUUGAAGCUGAAGCGGCUCACGGAACAGUAACUCGUCAUUAUCGACAACAUCAACAAGGAAAGGAAACCUCAACCAAUCCUAUUGCUUCAAUUUUCGCUUGGACUCGAGGUUUUGCUCAUCGAGCAAAAUUGGACAAUAAUGAUCGACUCGCUAAGUUUGCUGAUACUUUGGAACAAGUUUGCGUCGAAACAAUUGAAGCUGGACACAUGACUAAAGAUUUGGCCAUAAGUAUUAAAGGAAUGGCAAAUGUUACAUCAGCUGAUUACUUGAACACUUUUGCAUUUAUGGAUAAAUUGGGUGAAAACAUGAGAGUCAAACUUAAUUGUUGACCGAAAACAAUUAACAUCCAAAACUGUAGACCAACAGUAAUUGCAAAACUUUAAACACAGAAAUUUCUAGCUAAUCAUAUUUAUCUAAAUACAAUUUUUGGAUUUAACUUUAAUCCAUCAUAAUCAAUCUAUCCCUUGACUCUGGUAAAAUAAAAUUGAUUGUUGAUCGAUCAAUUUUGCAAUUUAAUCAAUAAUCAAUUCCUUUUUCCUCUCCUUUGACACAAACACUUUCCAAUAUGUUUCUCCUUUUUAUUUGGAAAACUUUGUAUUUUCACUUGGUUUAGAUGCGAUCAUUAAUAAUAAAUUUAUAUUUAAUUUUAUUAUUCAA